AUGUCUGCUACCCAGGAUAACAUCGCUUCCAACGGCAACGACCUUGUCGGCUCCCUUGACCAACUCAAGCUCGAUGAUGGAGAGACCCGUCUCGGCCCUGAUGGAGAGCCUGCUCCUCGCACCGAUGAGGAGUACGCCGGCUCUCAGCUCACUUUGAGAGCCAUCGUCUCUUCCAAGGAGGCCGGUGUCAUCAUUGGCAAGGCGGGCAAGAAUGUUGCCGAACUUCGCGACGAGACUGGCGUCAAGGCUGGUGUCAGCAAGGUUGUCCAGGGUGUUCACGACCGUGUUCUCACUAUCACCGGUGGUUGCCAAGCCAUUUCUGAGGCCUACGCGAUUGUCGCUCGCGCUCUUCUUGAGGGUGCUCCCGCUAUGGGUAUGGGAGGUGUCGUCUCCAACACCGGCACUCAUCCUAUCAAGCUCUUGAUCUCUCACAACCAGAUGGGCACCAUCAUCGGUCGUCAAGGCUUGAAGAUCAAGCACAUCCAGGAUGUCUCUGGCGUCCGUAUGGUCGCUCAGAAAGAGAUGCUUCCUCAGUCUACCGAGCGCAUUGUCGAGGUUCAAGGCACUCCCGAAGGCAUCAAGGGAGCCAUCUGGGAGAUUUGUAAGUGCCUGGUUGAUGAUUGGCAGAGAGGUACUGGCACUGUCCUCUACAACCCGGUUGUGCGCACCCAGCCAGGAACAACCUCCACCAUUGGUGGCACUUCGACCAGCUACUCUUCCGGUGGCGGUCGCAACUCGGAGUACUCUACUCCUCGCGUUAUGCGCACUGGGAACGGUGCCGACUUCAGCUCCACCAACAACGGUGGUAGUGGUGGCGGCAGUGGCGGUCGUCCCUACGGCCGCCGCUCCGACUCUGACGCUGCCUCCCGCGGCCCUCCCACUCACGAUGAGAAUGGCGAGGAGCUUCAGACCCAGAACAUCAGCAUUCCUGCUGACAUGGUUGGUUGCAUCAUUGGCCGUGCUGGCAGCAAGAUCUCUGAGAUCAGAAAGACCUCUGGAGCCCGCAUCUCCAUUGCCAAGGCUCCUCAUGACGAGAGUGGCGAACGCAUGUUCACCAUUAUGGGUACUGCCAAGGCUAACGAGUCCGCUCUCUUCCUUCUCUAUGAGAACCUCGAGGCGGAGAAGAUGCGCCGCCAGACGGCUAACUCUCCUGAGUAA